AUGUCAUCAGUUAACACUUCUUAUGGGAGUGGAAACUUUUCCAAUGUUUUUCAUCUUGACUUGUCUCAAAAUGAGAAUCUUGUGAUUAAUGAUUUGAGAUGGCUUCUUCGUCUCUCAUCAUCCUUACAAUUUCUCAACCUGAAUUCCGUUAAUCUCCACAAGGAAACGCAUUGGCUUCAGCUAUUGAAUAUGUUUCCUUCACUUUCCGAGUUAUAUUUGAGUAGUUGCUCACUUGAAAGUGUGAGUAUGUCUCUUCCAUAUGCCAAUUUCACUUCACUUGAAUAUCUUGAUCUUUCUGAAAAUGAUUUAUUUUAUGAAUUGCCUAUAUGGUUGUUCAAUCUAAGUGGUCUUUCUUAUUUAAAUCUUGGGGGAAAUAGUUUCCAUGGCCAAAUACCAAAAACUUUAAUGAAUCUUAGAAAAUUAGAUGUGUUGAAUUUGGAAGACAACAAGCUGAGUGGAACAAUUCCUGAUUGGUUUGGCCAACUUGGAGGUCUAGAAGAGCUUGAUCUCUCUUCUAAUUCAUUUACCAGUUAUAUUCCCAUUACUUUGGGGAAUCUGUCAUCCUUAGUAUACCUUGAUGUUUCAACAAAUCACUUGAAUGGAAGCCUUCCGGAAAGUUUGGGGAACCUAACAAAUUUGGAGAAGUUGGGUGUUUAUGAAAAUUCUCUAUCUGGAGUUCUGUCUCAUAAAAAUUUUGCCAAGCUCCCAAAUUUACAAUGGUUGUCGCUUGGUUCACCAUCCUUUAUCUUUGAUUUUGAUCCCCAUUGGAUUCCUCCUUUUAAACUUCAAAAUCUUGAUUUACAGUAUGCAAAUCUUAAACUUGUUCCAUGGUUUUAUACACAAACAAGUCUCACUUCUCUAAAUAUCACCUCCUCCUCGUUUAGAAAUACAUCUCCGAAAAUGUUUUGGAGUUUUGUAUUUAAUUUCUCAUUUCUCUAUUUAUUCAACAACUCCAUGUCAAAUGUGUUGUUGAACUCUGAUUUUGUAUGGUUAGUCCAUAAUGGUUUGAGUGGUAGCCUUCCUCGAUUAACUACAAAUGUGAGUAUUUUUAAUAUAAAUGGUAACAAUAUGUCUGGGUCCCUUUCUCAUCUCUUAUGUCAUAAUAUUAAAGAGAAAAGUAAUUUGAAGUACUUGUCCGUCAUUGACAAUCAUUUAUCUGGAGGACUCACUGAAUGUUGGGGAAACUGGAAAUCUCUUAUUCAUAUUAGUUUAGGAAGAAAUAAUCUAACAGGCAUGAUUCCGCACUCAAUGGGUUCCUUAUCCAACCUUAUGUCGUUGCAUAUUUAUAACACUAAGUUGCAUGGGGAGAUACCAGUGUCGUUGAAAAAUUGUCAAAAACUCAUGAUUGUUAAUUUUAGGAACAACAAACUUUCAGGAAAUAUACCAAAUUGGAUUGGAAAGGAUAUGAAAGUUCUUCAAUUGAGAGUAAAUGAAUUUAGUGGUGAUAUUCCUUUACAAAUAUGCCAACUAUCCUCUCUAUUUCUUUUGGAUCUCUCAUAUAAUAGAUUAACAGGAACAAUACCUCGCUGUCUACCAAGUAUCACCUCCAUGAUUUUCAAAAAUGUUUCACAAGAUCAAGGAGUACUUCAUAUUGUGGAUCAUGAUAUCGGUAUCAUAUUUGUAAUCUCCCUCUCAUUGCUAGCAAAAGGAAACGACUUAACCUAUGACAAGUAUAUGCAUGUCGUUGACCUUUCUAACAACCAAUUGUCAGGUAGAAUACCUAUAGAAGUAUUUAGACUCACUGCAUUGAAAUCCUUAAACUUGUCACAAAAUCAAUUAAUGGGAACCAUACCAAAAGAAAUUGGCAACAUGAAACAAUUAGAGUCCCUUGAUUUGUCAAACAACACACUUUCAGGAGAAAUUCCUCAAACCAUGUCUGCUAUAACUUUUCUUGAGGUAUUAAACCUCUCGUUCAACAAUUUGAAGGGUCAAAUCCCAUUAGGAACCCAACUCCAAAGCUUUACACCACUUAGUUAUAUGGGCAAUCCUGAACUUUGUGGAACUCCACUCAUUGAGAAAUGCAAAAAGAAUGAAGCCCCUGGUGAGGACACAAAUGUUAUGGCAAAAGAAGAGGAAGGAUCUGAGCUAAUGGAAUGUUUCUAUAUGGGCAUGGGAGUUGGAUUUACAACAGGCUUCUGGAUAGUUUUUGGUACCCUUUUAUUUAAGAGGACAUGGAGGCAUGCUUACUUCAAUUUUCUUUAUGAUGUGAAAGACUGGUUUAUGUCAAGAUGGACUUGA